AUGGCUGGAUCAGCGAAGUUUGCGAGUGAGGAGUUGAAGGCUUUGUGCCAAACGCGCGUGGAAGCGGUGGCAGGUGGUACGCAGGGUCCUGUGGGCCGUGUGGACGAACUGGCGGGGUAUAUUCCGGACCCGAUCCCUUCUGAGGCGUGGGGUAUAUGGGCUUCUAGUGGCUACUUAAUUGCUGCGAAAUCGAGUGAUGGGAUGAACGGUUGGUACUUUACAGUGGAGGCAGAGGAGUUGCCGGCGUACCCGCAGACGUCUUAUGCAGCAGAGGAUAACAAUGGACAGGCAAUGACCGUUGAAGGCGAAGCUGCGGCCAUGGCAGCUUUCAUCGCUGGCACUCAGAAAUUCUUCUUCAUCAACGGCGAACGUUUCACUCAAACUGCCGACCGUGCUCCCGAAGGACACUCUUACUUCGUCAACUGUUCUGGACCCAACUCCAGAGGCGCACUCUGUCACUUCGAUACUGCUGGCACCGGCGUCUCCAUCUUCAUCUAUUCAUCCAGCAAGCCCGUCGGUACUGACGAACGCAUGGGCCUUGCCAAGACACUCCCAGAUUUCGAAGCACAACCUGUCGACUCGCGAAAUCUGCCCUCCCUCCUCGCAGGCUUCGCAAACGAAACAUAUGCACCCUUCUGGAUCUGCCAAUAA